AUGCCUCGUGGUCAGAAAAGUAAGCGCCGUGCUCGUGAGAAACGCCGCCAAAACAGAGCGGAGGCCCAAGCUCUUAGUGCUCGAGCCACUGCAGCGGAGGAAGAAGAGACCACUUCGUCCUCCUCUCCUGUUGUGCAGUGUGCUCCCUCAAGCUCCCCUGUUGCUGGCACUUCCCAGAAGCCUGAGAGGGCCCGGGCCACCACAAGGGCUGUUGCAGGUGUUUCACACCCAGGAUCUGAUAAAGAGGCUAAAGGCCAAGCUGUGGAAAGUGAAACUUCCUCCCAGGCCUCAGCUUCCAUUGAGAGUGCUAAGGAAGAUCCUGUAACCAGAAGGGUGGAAAUGUUGGUGCAGCUACUGCUCUAUAAGUAUAAAAUGAAGGAGCCCAUUAAAAAGGUAGACAUGAUGAAGUUGGUCAACAAAAGGUAUAGGGAGCACUUCCCUGAGAUCCUCAGGAGAGCAGCUGAGCAUGUGGAGCUGGUCUUCGGCCUUGAAUUGAAGGAGGUUAAGCCCAAUAGUAGGUACUACACCUUUGUCAACAAGCUAGACUACCUCAAUGAUGGCAGUCUGAGCAGUGGCUGGAAAAUCCAUUGGAAUGGGAUUCUGAUGCCUGUCCUGAGCGUGAUCUUCUUGAAUGGCAACCACGCCUCUGAGGAGCAGAUCUGGCAGUUCCUGAGUAUGUUGGACAUCUAUGAUGGAAGGAAGCACUUCAUCUUCGGGGAGCCCAGGAAGCUCAUCACAGAUUUGGUGCAAGAAAAGUACCUGGAGUACCACCAGAUACCCAACAGCAAUCCUCCACAUGAUGAGUUCCUGUGGGGUCCAAGAGCCCAUGCUGAAACCAGCAAGAUGAAAGUCCUAGAGUUUCUGGCCAAGAUCAAGGGUACCACCCCCACUGCCUUCCCAUUGCAUUAUGAAGAGGCUUUGAGAGAUGAGGAAGAGAGGGCCCGAGCCAGAGCUGCAGCCAGGGCCAGCACUCCUGCCAGGGCAGGUGCACACUCUGAGGCCACGUCCAGCCACCACUCUCACCUGCAGUGA